UUGAUGCAGACAUCUUUAAAAAGAGCUCCACAUGCCUCUGAGGACCACAUCUGAACCUCGAUUCUGAAAGCUUUGUCUUCACGCUGGUUAGAGAUCAUCUGUGAAGAUGCUCCGCAAUAUCUUUCUUGUCAGCUUGCUCGUAUAUGCAGUCUGUGCAGCUCAUUGGGAGAUCCGUGAGGUGGACUCUGCUGAGGAUCAAGAUGAAGAGAUCUCUGCUGACGGCAUGCCGAAACAGCAGAUAUUUAAUAAGUGCGAUAUAUGCAAAAAGAUCAUGAAGGCAGUGAAAAAGAAACUCCCUCCUAAUGCAACGCCGGAUGAAAUUAAAGAAAAGCUGAAAAACGUCUGUGAUAAAUUUAAGCCGGUGAGUGGUCAGUGCAAGAAACUUGUUCAGAAGUAUCUGCCCAAUAUAAUUGAUGAGCUGAUGACGGAGGACGGGCCAAACACCAUCUGUACUAAAAUUCAUGUCUGCAAGUAGGUCAAAACCACCUAUAAAGGAGUUCAUUUUGGUACAUGAUCAAGCUCAUGACAAUUUCUGAAUGAAAAUAAAUGAUUGCUUUGAAAGCAUUGUAUGCAUUACAGUGAAAACAAAAUAAAACAUGAAUAAAACAA